GCUCCAUAAAAGCUGCACCCACAGAAGGUAAAGAGAGCAAAGCACAAUCUCUAUCAGCAGGGGACAAACAGACACACACACACUCACACACGGAUCAACACAUUUGUGCAGGGCUGUCAAACACAUAACACUCUCCCUAGGAUAUGAACCUGCUCAUCCUCACCUGCCUCCUGUGCUCCGUCGUCUGCAGACUUCAGGGAUCUGAGACCACACACUCCAGUGAAAUAACCGGAGUGACUCAGGGUUCAGGUUCCGGAGAGGGCCUCCAGAAUUUGCAGGCCGAAAAUGGUAGCGGUGGUGAUCUUUCAGGAGGAGGGGGCACAACUACUGAGUCACCUCAAAGUACAAUUGAGAGGACGAGGACGAAAAAGAGGAAGGGCAACGGAAACAAGAACAGGAGGAAAGCCACGACUGCACUCAUCCCCGAGCCCGCGAGCCUCAGCAGCAGCAGCGUCACGUCGGCCGUCAGCACCACAGAGGAUCCCUGCACCUCCACCCACCUGGGCUACUGUAUUCACGGUUACUGCAAACGCAUGGAGGAACUGCCGGAGCCAACGUGCAUAUGUAUGAAGGGUUAUGAAGGCAAUCGCUGUGGGGUCCAAACUCUGGGGACCCACAGAACCCAGUCCGAAGGGAGCAGCAACACUGAGUUGGUCCAGACGGUCUUGGUGAUAAUCGCUGUGGUGCUGUCAGUCAUCAGCUGCACCGCCAUCCUGCUCAUGACCUGUGCUCAUUACAGGUCACAUAAGACCUACCUGGCGUCCUUCCUGGGAUCUGGGGCGGAGAAGGAGAAGUUACAGAAACCUCUCCCUGACGUGAUGGUGUGACGGCGCAGGGUCACCAUGAGCCGGCUGCAGGAUGACAGAGGCCACAGGAGUCUGAGGAUCUGAAGAAAAAGUAGAACCGAUCCACUGCUUCAAUAGAUGCCGUGUAACAGAAACAAACACUGUUAAAUACCCGUUAGAAUUUAAUUUAUUUAGUGUGAUUAUUUAUUGCUUAUGACUGUAUGAGUGUUUGUGUCUCGGAUCAUUGUUAUGAUGUGUAUUAUGUGCGGAUGCUGAGCAUUCAGCCUUUUGAUGAUCUGUAGGUUUGGUUUUAUUUAUUGCACCGCUGUUGUUUUAGGUCAGAGAAAUGCUCUUCAUCUCAGUGUUGAAAAGGGAUGGAAUUACAUAGACAAUAAAGUGUGUCAGUGUUA